UUACCUCACAAAAAUGGAGGAAGGCUCUGUUCAGUAUGGCAUGUGACAUAUCUACUGGACACCGUUGGACAAAUUCUUCUGCGUACACUUUAAAAAAUAUAUUUUAACUUCAUUUAACUAGGCAAGUCAGUUAAAUAACAAAUUCUUAUUUUCAAUGGCGGUAUAGGAACAGGGGUUAACUGCCUUGUUCAGGGGCAGAACAACAGAUUUUAACCUUGUCAGCUCGGGAAUUCGAUCUUCCGGUUACAAGAUCAACGCUCUAAACACUAGGCUACCUGCAGCGCCGUGCCAAUUUGAGUUAGUGUACUGUGCAAAAUCAACACAGGAAAGCAGAAUUCCAACCCAGGAACUGGAAAUUGUGUGUUAUGAGAGUGUUAAUAGGAGGAGGAUCUGGGUUUGUGGGAAGAGAGCUGACUUGUUUACUCAAGAACAAAGGUCAUGAAGUCACAAUAAUAUCUCGACAGCCAGGUCUGGGAAAGAUCACAUGGGGUGAAUUGGAGUCUGGUGGCCUCCCACCAUGUGAGGCUGCUGUCAAUCUGUCUGGGGAGAAUCUUAUGAACCCACUGCGAUGGUGGAAUGAGGGUUAUAGGAAGGAUCUGUUCUCCAGUCGGGUUGACACAACCACAAUUCUGUCUCAAGCCAUUGCUGGGUCCCCCAGUCCCCCUCAUGCUUGGGUCCUUGUCACAGGUGUAGCAUGUUAUAAACCCAGUCUAACAGCUCAGUACACAGAAGACAGUGAGUGGACGCCAUUUGACUUCCUGUCAAGACUGGUGAAGGAAUGGGAGUGGGCGGGGCGUCUCCCUGAAAACAUUGCACAGAAUACCAGACAAGUAGUAAUCAGACCAGGGGUAGUACUGGGCCGUGAUGGUGGGGCCAUGAAGCAGAUGAUGACUCCUUUCUGGCUAGGCCUUGGAGGCACGUUGGGGUCUGGCAGACAACCAUUCCCCUGGAUCCAUGUCUCUGACCUGGCUGGAAUCAUCGCUCAUGCCCUGGUGCCCUCUCCCGACACCCCCUCCUCUGCUGUCCCUCAAGUGUUUAACGGUGUCGCCCCAGCACUGAACACCAAUUACGAGUUCACCAAAGAGCUGGGCCGGGUUCUGAGGAGACCCACUGUCUUCCCUGUGCCUGGAUUUGUCAUUGAUGCCCUAAUGGGUUCAGAGAGAGCCAUAGUGCUAACCCAGGGUCAGAAAGUAGAACCCAAGAGGACUCUGGAGUCAGGCUUUCAGUACCAGUACCCAGACCUGAGCUCUGCCCUGAAGGAGAUUGUUGGGAGCUAGAUGUGAAACAGGAGAUGUCAAGAGACUGAAUGAGAUUAGAUUUUGUAACGUGAGAGAACUUCACUGAUGUGAGCUUUUUUCCCUGAAUAAAUAUGAGAUGGACCCUG